CAUUGAGGGACAGGAGGAGGCGUGGCGAAGGAGGGAGUUAACACUUUGUCUUUUAUUUCUUCCAUUUUCUCUCAUUUCUUCGUCUCUUUUGCUCACUCGAGGGCAUGACUUCUUGUCUGUGAAGCUCCUUGUGCUGUUGUGAUACCCAAUUUCCGAUUCUAAUACCCUCGAAGAUGGAUUGUUGUAAUGGAGAAAGAAGACUGAUGAACUGAGGCUGUUGAAAAGAGGGUGCUUCAUCACGCAAUGGCAGGAAACAGUGAACAUGUGGCAUUAUUAGAGGCUGUUGAUAGCCGAAGUGAAGAUGACAUCUCUGCGCAGGAGAAUGAAGAUUCAGUACAGCAGAAUGCCCAGCACUACGUGAAUGGGCUGAAUGCGCCUGAGGACGAGAACCUAGAGGAUGAAUCUCCUGGGGAAGAUCUGCUGAAUGAGAAUACUGUUGAUGGAGGAGAUGGAAGUGGUGAGGACAGUGAUGAACGCGGCAAUGCACGUGCAAGUACAUUUUAUGUAGACCAGCAAGAGAGUCCGGCGCAUGAGGAUCGUGGGCAACUAAACCAUUUAUCUGCAGCAUUUGAGAGUCUGGAUUAUGACACUUGCAUCAACUCUGUCUGGCUGGAUGAAGAAAGAACAAAAGGGUAUACCUUCAUUGUGAAAAAGGAUGCUGCCCGUUGGCUUGUCGUCCUUAUAACUGGGGUGCUGACGGCACUUGUGGCCUGUGCAAUUGACAUCACAAUAGAGUGGUUGUCCAAGUUCAAAUACUCAUGGUUAAAAAAAUAUACGGAUGAGGGUGUGGAAAAUAAUACUCUUGCUAUUCCUUUUUUCCUUUGGGGUGCGUUAAAUGUUGGUCCGGUCUUAAUAGCAGCAUUUUUAGGAUCUUAUGUUGAGCCUGUGGCAGCGGGAAGUGGAAUCCCCCAAGUGAAGUGCUACCUUAAUGGUGUGAAGGUUCCCCGUGUGGUAAGAAUAAAGACGCUCGCAAGCAAGGCCUUUGGUGUCACAAUGUCAGUGCUUGGAGGACUGGCUGUAGGAAAGGAAGGUCCAAUGAUUCACUCGGGUGCUGUCAUAGCAGCGGGAGUUUCUCAGGGCAAGACGACCUCCUUCCAGCGGGACUUUGGUUUCUUUGAGUACUUUCGGGAGGACCAUGAGAAGAGAGAUUUUGUGUCUGCUGGUGCUGCUGCGGGUGUAGCUGCAGCAUUUGGUGCCCCUGUUGGUGGUGUGUUGUUCUCCUUGGAGGAAGGUGCAAGUUUCUGGAACCAGAGCCUCACUUGGAGAGUGUUCUUCGGAGCCAUGAUGUCUGUCUUUACACUUAACUUGGUCCUAUCAGCAUACAAUGGUGUUCCUGGAAAGCUGGCUUACAAUGGACUCCUAAACUUCGGCAAAUUUGAUGACCUCACAUACGAGAUCUGGGAGUUCAUUCCAUUCCUCCUGAUGGGUAUCAUGGGGGGCUUGCUCGGUGCUUUGUACAACCACAUCAACUUCAAACUCACCGCAUUUAGAAUGAAGUACAUAAAUAGGCCAUGGCGUAAAAUUGUUGAAGCUGUGUUUGUAGCUUUCAUGACAGCUGUUGUUGCCUUCCUCAUGAUUUACUUGCUCCAUGAUUGCCGUGAAAUUGACACCAAGUCAUCCGAGUACCCAAUUCAGAUGUUUUGCAAGUAUGGAGAAGAAAAUGCAGCAGCUGCUAUCUGGUUUCAGACACCAGAGAAGAGUGUUCGUUCUCUGUUUCAUGAUCCAACUGACUCGUUUUCAUGGACAACCUUGGGAGUGUUCUUCACCUGCUACUUCUUCCUGGCUUGCUGGACAUAUGGCCUUGGUAUCCCAUCAGGCCUUUUCAUCCCAACACUUCUGUGUGGUGCUGCCUGGGGUCGCCUUGUAGGAAAGCUCAUGUCACUGCUCUUCCCUGAUCAGGCUUGGGCUGAUGAAGGCAAGUACGCUCUUGUGGGAGCUGGAGCAAUGCUGGGUGGUGUCGUGCGCAUGACACUGAGUCUGACAGUCAUCUUGAUGGAGUGCGUCGGCAACAUUACCUUCGGCUUGCCACUGAUGAUCGUGUUGAUGGUAGCCAAAUGGGUUGGGGACUUUUUCAAUGAGGGCUUGUAUGAUAUUCACAUUCAGAUGACUGGCGUGCCGAUUAUGGCUUGGGAGGCCCCACCUCUCUCAAAUAAUAUUUAUGCCUCAGAAGUGAUGAAUCGUCCAGUUGUCUCCCUGCGCACAGUGGAGCGUGUGGGCCGCAUUGUUGCAGUGCUCAAGUCUUAUUCCUACAAUGGCUUUCCAGUGGUUGAUUCUCUUCCCACCGGGGAAGAUGAACGUUACUUUAAGUCUUUCGGCACACUAAGAGGGCUCAUUUUACGCUCUCAGCUAACCGUUUUGUUAAAACAUAAGAUAUUUAACGAGAAUGCAGAGAUCUGGCAAGAUGGCAAAGUGGACAUCCACUUGUUCCGGCUCUCAUAUCCUCGCUACUUCACCCUAGACCAGGUGAACCUUGACCAGGCAGACAUGAAUUGCACCGUUGACCUACGACCGUUUAUCAAUCCGUCCCCAUAUUCAGUCAUGGCCUGCACAGCCCUGCCAAGGGUGUUCAAUCUGUUCCGAGCACUGGGUUUGAGACACCUGAUUGUGAUCAACGACAUUAAUGAAGUAGUGGGCAUGGUGACACGCAAGGACUUGGUCAAGUACAGGGUGUGGAAACACAGAGGGCAGAUGGGUCUGGAGGAACUAGUCAUUUAUAAUAAUGUCUGAGAGGUGGGGCAAGUUUACAAGCUGUAUUCUUGUCUGGUAUGUUUGUGAAUGCUAGGUUGUGAAAGAAUUUGUUGUUGGGAGGUUAUUGAGGAAGAAAUUGCUAAUGAUUGCAAACAUUUGCAGUAGAUUGGUGUGUAAACAAAUAUAUUUUCUUAUUAUCUUUCUCUUCAUUAUUUAUUUAGAUUUUUUAUUAUCUUACUUUUUUAUAUUUAAAUCCCAAGGUUUUUUAUAUACCCUAUUUUUUAUUUUUAUUUUUUGCUGUAGUAAUGAAUAAUGGUGCUUAUGAAUUGUUUCAGUAACCUGAAUGUGUUGCUGAGUUGUAGAUCUUCAGUGUAACUUUAUGUACAUGUUUUAAAAUGCAUUCAUAUUUUUGAAGCAGUGAACCUCUUGUAAGACCCCUGGGUUAGUGUGUUUAAAGAGAGAGGAGGUUGGUCAGCCAUGGUAUGAUAAAUGUAAAAGACUUUAAACCUGAAGUAGAUCUAUUAAUUAUUUAGCAUGUUGUAGUCUUAGGUUGUAUUUAUACAGAUCUUAGUUUCUCAAAAAUUUGGUUGUAAUUUCUUUCUGAGAGGAAUUAAGCCUGUAUUUGUUGUGAUCUUUAAGAGAAAUUGUUCCAUGUCAGAGAAUUGUAGCUAAUAUUAAUUGUUAUAUUGUUGUUGACUAUAUUUAGAAUUUAUAGAUAUUUUUAUAUACAUAUAUUAGGGUUCAUAUGAUCUGACUGGUGUGCAGGACAUUGUCAUUACCUAGAAAUAGUUGGGAUCAAAGUAAUUCGGAAAUGUUAAAUGUUCUUAAGUGCAGAUGAUUUUAUUGGAAAAUGAAUGUGAAAGUUAGAGACCAGUGAUACUUUCUGAAUUUAAAGAUACUGUAUACCCAAGUGUUGUGAUUACUUUAUAUAAAGUCAAUACUGGUGUUUUCAUUAUAUUUCCUGGUGUCACUAAAUUAGUGUGAGAUUUAUCAGCUAUGUCUGCCAUUUAAUGUUGUAACUGAGGUUUUGAGUGAAUUUAUGGGACUUAAUUUGCUAUUAAUUUUAUAGAAUAUUUAAAGGCCAGGGAGAGGCAUUCCUUUUUUUCUCUUGUGUGCUUUUAUAUACAUUAACAGUAUUAAAGGGAUAGAGGUUAUUUGUACUCUUAUGUAUUCAUUGGAGAAAAAUAAGUUUCUCUGCAUAUUUCUAGGUGAUAGAGAGUGCCCUGUUAUAUGUGACUUAAGGUUACACAUAAAGAGGCUCUUUUGACAAAGGAUCUUGUAGUUUUGUAGUUUAUGUGCCAGAAAUUAAGUUAUAUUAAGUAUUUGAAAUCAGUACCUUUCACAUUUCAUUACUCCUACAAAGUGAACUAUUUUUUUUAUAUUUGAUUAUAUUCUCUUUCAUUCCAUGACUCCUUCCUUUACUUCUGUUGUUGUUUUUUUUCCUCAUGUGCACUAUCUCCAAUCUACUUAAAAUCUUGUGUAGUGCAUUUUUGAACAUGGAAGGAAAUAGCUUAACUGUGGGAAGAUUUUUUUUGGUUUGAUUGGGUAUUGCCUGAAUAAAAAUUUCCUUCUUAUAAGCAUUAGAACAUCAUCUAAUGUAUAUGUGUUUUUAAUAUAAUGUAAAGCCUUAGUUUAUAUAAAUUUAGGGCUUGGAGAAAGGAAGAGACAGGAAGCCCACUUGAAGGUACUACAUUGUGUAUGUCAUAAACAUUUUCAGUUACAUAUUCAGGUAAUUACUAUUGGAAUUGUGAUGGGGGAUUAGAAAGUGUAUUAAUUGUAUUGUUAAGAUGCAUAGAUUAAUAGUCACAAUUAGGGAUGAAUAUUGUUAAUUGUACUUUUUGGAUUUUCUUUCUUGAAUCGUAAUAGACUAAUAGUUCGAAGUUCAGUUAUUGGCUAAAUAGAUUUCAAAUUGUUUGAAUCAGCAGCUGUCUUGUUUAAUGGCAGAAUGUACAACAAUUAUUGCCUUAUGGGGACAUCUUUGACAUUCAUGUUGCAUUUGUGUGUAGUCUAAUAUUAAAAGUUCAGUGAAAUGGGGUAACAUUUUUUUUAGAAAUUUUGAAUAUUAGAUUUGUACUGAAACUGAUGAGUGUGAUAGUUAUUGAAGCUCUUUUGUAUUGCAUAUAAUAUAUAAAUUUUUUUAGCAAGUGGUUCUGGUAAAGUGCUCUAAUAAAUUUUUAGUUUCAAUAACAAAAUACCUCAGAUGGUACAAAGAUCAAGCUGCACGCUAUGAAAAUAUUAGGAACCUCGAAUGAGGUAGAAUUUUCCCUAAUACAAAACUGUAAACCUUCACGAUGGGUCAGAAUAUCCCUUACAAAUGAUUCUUGGUGUCUUCCAAUACCUUUUGCCAGGGACAGAACACAAAGCCUUAACUAGUACUGCAGAUCCUUCCAUUCUGAUAUUGUGAACUGUAGAAUGAUUUUUACUGUGCUGUUUUUAUUAUCUUAUGAUUUUAUUGAUGGAACAGAAAUUGCUUUUCAGAUUUUCAAAGAAUUUUAUACAGUCGAUUAACAUCCUUAUUGUUUAGACAAAGGAUGCACAAAUUUGCAGAAAGGCAUUUGCAUAUACAUUAACAUAAGCACGAUACUGUUAGAUGGAGGAGAAAGCUUUUGAUUAAAAGUUUCUAGGAAGAAGGACCAUUGUUAUACAAAAUUGCUGAAGAAUUAUAUUAAAUACAACUCAAGUGUGUUUUUGGUUCAUGUGAUGCUGAUUUAGACAUGCUUUUUUAUUUUAAUAAAGGACAUGAAAACAUUUUGACUGCUGAAAUUCAAAACUAAGAUAACAAGUAAUGUUGUCUUCAGAGUAUUUUAACUUUGUUGAUUGCUGAGUACUAGUCGUUUAAUUCUUAAUUCUUUUGGAUUUUUUUGUCAUCACUUUGCAGUGCAUUUUCAUUUAACAUUGAUCCACAUGGUGGUAGAAUCCAUUCGAGAAACGCAUAACCAAAAGAGGACCUAAGGAAGGGACUGCUAACAUAUUUGAUUAUCAUUCCAUAAUAUAACUUGGUAAUAUAGAACAACUCAGGUGACACAGUCUACUUAAGAUAGAAGAGUAGAGCAGGUGACAUUUGUGCUAAAGGCAAAGUAAACACAAAUAUGAAAUGCAGUUUUUCAUGUAUUAUUUUCAUAUAUGUUGUAAACUAAUUUGUCUAGUCAAGAGGUAUUAUGUGUAUGACUAGUAUGCGAUCAUGAGAGAUUGAUAUUAGCUGAAAUUAAACUCGAGUUGUGAGGGAAAACGAAAAGAUUAUGUAUAGAAUAGAUGUCUGUGAUUUAUAACUAUUUUGAUGAAAAUGUCGUUUCUUAUCAAACUUUUACAAGGACCAAUGCUCGUAUUUUUGUGAUGUUCCUUUGCAUUUUGUAUUUAUUUCUUUUGGCUGUAUGCUAAAAUUAUUUGUAAUUUAAUAUCUAAUGUAUCCAGAAAAUAUAUGAUAAAAGAGUUUAUUGAUA